AAGUCCAUCUUCACAUCCUGUUGCUGAACCUUCAGUACCGAAACCACUGAGUGAAUUUACGAGAUUCUUGAUCAUUACAGUCAAAUUCUUCUUGCGUAUAUGACCUGCCCCAUUUGUCUGGAUAUUUUGAAUAACCCGGUGUGUCCACCAUGUGGUCACCCUCACUGCCAGGGUUGCUUGACAUCCUAUAUUGCCAUGCAACCUGAUACAACAAAGGUACCAUGUCCUUCCUGCAAAGUCGAAUUCCACGUGGGCCCUUUGGAUCUUUCCUGUAUCCCUGAGGCUUACCGUCCUUUCCGUCCUUAUGCGUUGCCUGCCCUCCGGAGACUCUACCUUCCAGAACCUGAUGUCAAACUAACUGAUAAGUUGAGCGAGCUGGAAACACAACUUCUAGAUGCACGUGCAAAUCAAAUGGAUCUCCACGGGGAAAUUCUUAGUCGAGAUAGACUGAUUGAAUCCCUUUCUGACCGUGAGGCUGAAAUAAAACGCCGACACACGGAAGAGUUCAAGACUGAACGCAAGCGUUGGGAAAACAUGCUAGUGGAUCAAGAUCUAUGGUUUGAACGAGAGCGAAAAUGGGCAAGAGAGCAGCGAGAAGAUUUGUCACGGGAACUCAAGCAGGCUUCAGAACAGAUCCCUGUACUGCAAGAUGAAGUUAAUGCCCUUCGUCGGGAAAUCACUCGGCUGGAAGACUUACUUGUUCAGAAGGGAUCUCACGUACUCGUCGACUCUCCAGCCUCACCAACAUCUUCCUCGGGUCAUUGCACAUCUGAGCCUUCGUCUCCUUCAGCCGACUUUUCCUUGGAGACAUCGCUAACAUCUUCGUCACACAACCUCGAGUCUGCCUUGCCUCUAUCUGUAUCUUGCUUUGGAGCUGCGUCCGAACCCUCUAGGCCUUUCGUGUUUCACGCUCCUUUGAUCGACUUCUCUAAGCCCGGCCGCCAACAUACUAUUACCAAUGCAGAGAGCAUUGUUUCUGAUGCUUGAUAUUUAAUCUCAUGCAUCUUCUUAUGUCCUAGGGGCUCCAAUAGGUCCAUGCACAAAUAUGAUACACAGAUUAUUAUGACAUUUUAGGAAGAGGUAUCGAUAUGCAUUCCAUUCUC